AUGCAAAACAUCCCGCAGAAAACAGUACUGGCUAGAGGAUCAGACGGGGCAAGAGAGUAUGAGAAAGGGGGAGAACGAGACGUUGAGAGUGAAGAGAGAGAACGAUUUUGGGAGAGAAUUAUCAAUAACUCAAAAAUGGAACUUACUAAUAAUAAUGACAGUAAUAUAAGUGUAAAUAAAAUAACCGCAAACAAUAAAUCCGCAAGUAGCAUCAGUAUUAAAGAGGCGGUCAAUGUGGGCUGUUUGGCUAAUAGGACGCGGUAUUUCAUUCUGAUAUUGGGUUCGUUGUGUAUAUCGUUGAUAUCCUCGAAUAUGAUCACUUUCAAUUUCACGAAGAUUUGUAUGGUGUUCGAUAAUACCACUGGAGAUAGGCUGCCUUUGGAGUAUCCGCUGGCGUCACUUGACGGUAUAACGUAUACGCAGUACGAGAAUUCGGCGCUAAUGUGGGCGGUCGGUGUGGGUACGUUGUUGGCAGCUUGGCCGUUCCAACUGGCUUAUGAACAGUUCGGUGCGCGCACAGUGUUUUUGGUUGCGGGUGUAAUGUCGACUGUGUCCACCGCAGUUAUACCAUAUUUAGCGCAGACAACGUUCAAUGGCUUCCUUGCAGCCAGAUUUGUUCAGGGGUGGGACUUGGGGGAAGAGGCGGGGCAAUCGUGUUUAUGGGAUAGGAACAAUGAAAAAACGUUGUGGGCGGGGCAUAGCGCAGAAAGUCAAGCUCCUCCCACUCUGAAAGAAAUUCUAUUGUAG